GACCUUGGCUCCAUCUCCACCACUGUCCCCAAAUCCAUGGCCAAUUCCUUGUGGAACACCAGGGCCAUUUCCUACUUGGGAUGUGCUGCUCAGGUCUUUUGGUUUCUCUUCUUAAUUUCAGCAGAAUAUUUCCUUCUUACUGUCAUGGCAUAUGACCGCUACAUUGCCAUCUGCAGACCCCUGCACUAUGGGACCCUCAUGGGCAGCAGAGCUUGUGUCAAACUGGCAGCAGCUGCCUGGACCAGUGGUUUUCUCUAUGCUGUGCUGCACACUGCUAACACAUUUUCAGUACCUCUCUGCCAAGGCAAUGCCCUGGGCCAGUUCUUCUGUCAAGUUGCCCAGCUCCUCAAUCUCUCCUGCUCAGACUUCUACCUCAGGGAAGCUGGGGUUAUUGUGGUUAGUAUCUGUUUAGCUUUGGGGUGUUUCAUUUUCAUUUUGGUGUCCUAUGUGCAGAUCUUCAUAGUCGUGCUGAGGAUCCCCUCUGAGCAGGGCCGGCACAAAGCCUUUUCCAUGUGCCUCCCUCACAUGGCUGUGGUCUCCCUG